AUGGAGACUCAACGAAAUUUCCAAACCCUCAAGGGCAAAGUCGCCAUCAUCACAGGCGCUUCUCGAGGCCUUGGAGCAGGCUUUGCUUACGAGCUUGCGAAAAGAGGUGCCAAGGUCAUCGCUACAUACACUUCUCCAAGCAGCGAAAAGCUAGUGAAGGAGUUGUCCGACAAAAUCGCGUCCCUUAAUCCACCAUCAGAGUGCAUUGGCGUUAAAGCAGAUCUCAAGGAUGAGGCGUCGCCCGCUGAGAUCGUCCGACAAGCAGUCGCUGCGUUCGGUCCUCAAAUCGAUAUACUCGUCAAUAAUGCAGGCAUGGAAGUCGUCAAAUCUCAUGCCGACAUCACAACUUCCGACUUUGACUCAAUCUUCUACCUCAACGUCCGCGCUCCUCUCCUCCUCCUCCAAGCAGUGAAGCCCUAUCUUCCCUCGUCCGGCGGUGGUCGCAUCAUAAACAUCUCAUCAGUAGGCGCCCGUUGUGGUUUCAAGAACCUCUCUCUGUACUGCGCAUCCAAAGCUGCACUCGAAGGACUUACGCGCUCAUGGGCAGCUGAGCUGGGUGUGGAGGGCCAUACGGUCAAUGCGGUUAAUCCAGGACCUGUGCAGAGUGAUUUACUGGACAAUAUUCCAAAAGAGAUCAUUGAUAUGCAGAAGAAGCAGACGGCGGCGGGAAAUAGGCUGGGUGAGGUUGAUGAUGUAGCGCAGAUUGUCACUUGGUUGGCUUCGGAGGAGAGUCGAUGGAUUACGGGACAAGCGUUGUCUGCUAGUGGCGGAUUGGAGAUGUAUUAG